AUGUCAAACGAUCGGUCUACAUCUCCAAUCUCUGUACCAUCCUCAUCAGCCCGCCAACGGCGGCCGUCCCUAUCCUCGGGCUUCUCAUUCACCGAUUAUCUCUCCAGAUCAAGCAACCCAGGGGCUCCGCCUGGCGGCCAAACUAAUCAUAUGGCUAGUACUGUAAACAAUGUCCAGCCAAAUCAACGACGCAGGUUGUCAAUCAGUACGCUUGGGCUUUCCGGUUCGCCGACCCAAACUGCACCCUUUGGGGUCAGAAAUCCUCGGCAUGGCAGCUUGUCUAGUUCCGUCGGGUCAAGUCCAAACGCCGACGAGGCGGCCGUGGAUGAUACAGACAACGGCUCUUCCAGCGUUCCUCCCAGCUCGCCGUUUGCACGACGUCUCUCCUUUGGUGCGCAGGCCAUGCGAGAUGUUCGUGGUGGAAGUAUAGGCAAUGGUAGAUAUCCCUCCCCUGGCUCUUCUGUGGCUGGAGGGCGCCGGAGCACGACGACCACCAGUCCUGCAUCUGCCAAUAGCCCCCCUGCAUUAGUUGUUGCAAGUACAAAUAAAAGCUUUCCUCAGAAAGAUAUGUCUAACAAAUCGUGGCGACCCUUAGGCGAAGGCUUCAACUGGUCGGAAGCUCUCCGAACACGGGCUGAGCGUGCCCCAUCCAUUGGAGGCAUCUCCCCAAUCGCGGGUCAGAGCCAACAUGUGGCCACUGCGGAACACCAACGCUAUCAUCAGAGAGCUGCUUCCAUUGCUUCAAUGGAGCAACCUGCUCGAGAGAUACCAAAACAACCAAAGCAGAACAAGCCUGAUUUCUUUCAAGAGAAGAUUCUCCGAGGAGAUUUUAUGGAUUAG